AUGAGCACAAAAUGUGAAGUAAAUAUAAAUGAAUGUUUAUCAGAACCAUGCCUCAAUGAUGGAAUAUGUGCUGAUGGCAUCAGCUAUUACACAUGCCACUGCAAGGAUGGGUUCAUUGGCACUCACUGUGAAACUAAUGCAGAUGCCUGUUUGUCGGAUCCUUGUCUCCAUGGAAGAUGUAUAGAUUUCAUUGAUGGAUAUGAAUGUUCUUGUGAAGCUGGAUGGACAAGCUCAAGAUGUGAGGUCAAUAUAAAUGACUGUGUCUCAGCUCACUGUAUGAAUGGUGGUUCUUGUAAAGAUUUGGUCGAUGGAUUUGUAUGUGUCUGCCCAAGUGGAUUCAUUGGUAAAUCCUGUGAAGAGGACAUUGAUGUUUGUGAGGAUCCUGCAAUGAACUUAGUCUAUUGUUUGAAUGGAGGAAUAUGUGUUGAUGGACCUGGACCCGCUUUCUCUUGCAGGUGUCCUGAAGGACUUUCUGGUAAUUUUUGUGAAAUAAACAUAAAUGAAUGUUCAUCAUCACCUUGUCUACAUGGUGCAGACUGUGAAGAUCUUGUGAAUGGUUUUAAUUGCAAAUGUCAGCAAGGGUGGUCAGGACUUCAUUGUGAGGAAGACAUUGAUGAGUGCAGCUCAAACCCCUGUUUUCAUGGAACAUGUAUUCAGAAUCCACCAGGCUUUGGUUAUACCUGUUUUUGCCCUUCUGGAUUUGUGGAAGGAAGCUGUGAGCUUAAUUACAAUGAUUGCCUUAUACAGACCUGCUCCACUGGGUUUCUUUGUGUUGCUGGAAUAAACAAUGUCACCUGCAUACCUGCUAGCCUCCAAAGUAGCAGUAGUAUUUAUCCUGAAACAUAUGGAGUGCCCCCUGCUGGGCCAUGGGGCAGUGGCUUUUCAGCAGUGUGGCCUACACAACUUGAGAGUAAAAUGAAUACACCUCAAGAUUCACAAAAACCAGAUAUCUUCUUCAGGCCCAAAGAUGUCUCACAGACUCAUUUGAUCAAAGUAAGCCUAAUAACAUCCUUUGAAGACAAUGAGCCAGAAGGACUCACUGCCAGUGGAGCUUCUACCCUAGAUCCUCUUUCUUUUCAAUUUCUGAAGACUGGUGAACAUACUUCAGCAAUGAUGAACUCAGUAUUAAAAUCUGUAUCUCAAGUGUCUAGGCAGACUUCAACUGAAGCUUUGGAUAAAGAUUUUUUGUUCUCAUUUAUCACUAGUUCUAUGACAGUUUCUAUUUUUCCUACACAAGUCUCAUCAUUAAAGAACCAUCAGACUAUUUCCUUAUCUGCCACAGACAUGAGUUCAGUAAUUAGCAGCAUUCCAGGGGAUGAGAUUGAAUUAAAUAGUCACUCAUUUCUCUCCCAUGGAUUUCUGCUUAAAACUACUUCUAUAUAUGCACCUCCUAUUUCUCCUAGCGGGACUCAAGAGGAUACCAGAGAAUAUUCAGCUUUUUCCUUGGCAUCAGUAGGAGAAUUUCACUGGAGUUCAUUGAGCUUCUCAAUGACUCUUGAUUCUCCUGCUAAGACAAUAAUACCCCAACAGGUAGCGCCCUCAACCUUACCAGUGUUGCAUAAAACCAGUGAACAAACAUCCCUUCCUGAUGAAUAUCUAGUUAAGAGUAUGGCAUCCAGCAUAAACAUCUCAUUGCAGCCUGCUGAUUCUCUUAGUGAGCUAAGCCAAACGUGUGUGACAUGUUCUAUGACUAAAAUGAAAUCCUCCGAUGAAUGCUCAGUUCAGGCUUUGCAUAGCAAACAGUCUCAGUUUUAUGAACCAGUUUGGAUGAACUCAGCAAUAUUAAGCAGCUGGUAUACACUAACAGGAACUACAACAAUUACUUCUGGGCAUUCAUUUUCUUCUUUGACUGAAAUAACACCAUCAGUGGAGCUCACAGAGCUUUCACCUCCAUUUUCUUUUAAAAGGAGCCUGGAAAAUUUCCUCGGAGAAAGAACGACAUCUUUGUCAGAGAGCACAGCAAACAAUUUGAAUGUUUAUCCAUGUUUCAGUUCUCUGUGUUCAUACAUUGCCCCUUCUCUGACCAGCUUUUUAGACUCUCCAUUUCCGGAAAUGACUAGAAAACUGUAUUCUACUGAUCAGUCUAUAUCAAAGCAACAUUACCUAACUCAGCUACUGAAGCAAGACAUUCAACUGCCUGAGGUAUCUCAUGAACCACAAAGUAGUCACUUAACAGAUAGUUCUAUUUUUGAACCAAGUUUACAGAGCAAUCUAGAUGGAACUUUAAAGCCAUUUUUAGAACCAAUUCAACAAAAUGACCUUAAAAAUCAAUUUAUUCUUACAGAAGUCCUGGAUAAAGGUUCAAUGACUGAAGUUUUAAAAAAGCAUUUGAUGCCAAAUUUUAGCCAGAUGUCUUAUUCUGUUUUGUUUGACCAGUCAAAGCAUAAACACACACAUCUUCCUAAAUCUAGUCAGAUAUCUGAGUUAGCAUCUCAUGCCCCUUCUCUGACUUCAGUGUCAACAUUACAAGAAAUAGGUAGCAACUCUCCAGAUGUCUCAUCCAUGAUACUUCCAACAGCUGUGCAAGAUGAGGAAUCCCCUACAGGUCUGAAUACUUCCAUCCCCAGAUUGGUUACACUUCCUUCAUUGGAGUCCAUUCAACCAUCUGAUCAACUGCUGCCUCCUGAUUUCAGCUACGUGCAGUACUUUGGGGACUCCUAUCUAAAAUAUGAGGGAGUGCUUCUCCCACUACAAAAUAACUUCUCUGUGGAAUUUCAGACCUUUAACUCUCAUGGACUUCUUCUUUUCAUCAAACAUGACACAAUCUCAAUGAAAAAAUUUUUUAUUCGAUUAUUUAUUGAAGGUGGUACUUUAAAGUACCACUUCUUAUGUGAUGGGGACGCAGAAGGCAAAAUCAUUAAUACAACUCUUAGAGUGGAUGAUGGACAAAAGUAUUCAGUAUUUAUCAGGCAAGCAAUGGAGCCUUGUGAAGCUGAAAUGACUCUUUUAGGAAGAUCCAUAAGAGCAAGCAAACCCAGCAAAGUCUUGUCGCAGAAAUCUCUGACUGAAACCAGCAUUGUAUUUCUUGGAGGCUUUCCAUUUCAUUCUGGCAAGAAUCAGAUGCCCGGGCCUGUCUCCAAUUUUACUGGCUGUAUGAAAGUCACAGAAAUCAAUAACCAGAGAUCUUUCACCCCAUCUAAUGCAGUGGACAAAAACCAUAUUGACAGAUGCAGAUCUCCUGUCUCUACCUCAUUACCAACAGCCUCUUUUGUAUCACCUUCUGUUAUUCCUGAAAGACUGGAUUCUCUUGAUCCUUCAUACGGCCUUCCUACAGUGCCAUCAGUAUGCCAAGAAAAUUUAUGCCAUAAUGGAGGGACUUGUCAUCCUAUCUUUCCAUCUACUGGGGUGGCAUCAUUUUGCUGUGACUGUCCUUUACAUUUUACCGGCCGCUUCUGUGAAAAAGACACAGUCUUAUUUUUUCCAUCUUUCAAUGGAAACUCCUUUUUAGAACUACCUUCACCUGCAUCACUGGAUGAGACAAAGACACUUACUGCAGAGAACGACAGAAACAAAAUUGUUACUAUCUACUUGACAGUAAAAACAACCACUUUAAAUGGAACCCUUCUUUAUACUGGUGAGAAGAAUUUGGGAGAACCAUUUCUUCAUCUUUACCUUGUGGAAGGCAUGCCUACAGUUGAGCUUGGAUGCAGCAGCUCCCGGUGGAUUCUGACUCUUUCUGCCAACUAUAGCAUCAAUAAAGAUGUGCUCCUCCCCAUAACAGUAAGAUAUAUGUUGCCUUUUGGCAGUACCAGAGGGGAUUGUAUGAUUGAAAUGACUGUAAAUGGAAAUCCUCCUUUACAGAAGAAAGAUACGAAAUCACAUCACUCUGCUCAGGGAAAUUUUGGAUCAAUAUUCCUUGGCCACAUCCCAGCAAAGGUUAAGGUUCAUGAGAACAUGGGACAGACUUACGGGUAUAGAGGCUGCAUCCGAGAAUUCCAAGUGAACAACAAAGAACUUUUCAUCAUUGAUGAAGCACUAAGUGGAAAAAAUAUUGAGAACUGCAAUGUACCCAUAUGCAAUUAUCACCCAUGCCGAAAUGGUGGCACCUGUAUCAGUGACACUGAAAACUGGCUUUGUGAAUGCCUGCAGCUUUUCUCAGGGAAGCUGUGCCAAUUUGCAACUUGUGAAAACAACCCAUGUGGAAAUGGUGCUACAUGUAUUCCAAAAUCCAACAGAGAUGCUGUCUGCCUCUGUCCCUAUGGACGGUCUGGAGUCCUCUGCACUGAUGGGCUGAAUGGAGAUGACUUCCUUGCUGUUGGCUUGCGCAAUGGGUGCUUGGUAUACAGUUAUAAUCUGGGCUCUGGCACAGCAAAUCUUCACAGUGACCCACUUAAUCUGAGUCUUGGAGUACACGUGGUCCACCUAGGAAGGUCCUUCCAAACUGGUUGGCUGAAGGUGGAUGAUCAGAAGAAUAAAUCUAUCACUUCCCCAGGGAGACUAGUUGGACUCAAUGUCUUCAGCCAGUUUUAUGUAGGAGGCUAUAAUGAAUAUACUCCAGAGCUCUUACCUAAUGAAUCAGAGUUCCAAAAUGGUUUCCAAGGUUGUAUUUUUGAUGUGCAAGUCCGAACAAGGAAAGAUUAUCACUUUAGAUCUCUGGGGGAUCCUGAGGGCCAUCCUAAUGCUGGUCGCAGUGUGGGACAAUGUGAAGUCUUCCCCUGCAGUUUAAUAAAGUGUCGAAAUGGUGGCACAUGCAUCAAUGGAGGAUCAACAGUUUACUGUGACUGUCCCACUGGAUGGAAAGGAGCAUUUUGCACAGAGACUGUUUCUGUCUGUGACCCUGAACAUGAGCCACAACACCAGUGUAGUCAAGGAGCUACUUGCAUCCCACUACCUGAAGGAUAUGCCUGUCGCUGCCCUCUAGGAAUGACAGGAGUUCACUGUGAACAAGCCUUAUCUAUAAGUGAUCCAUCUUUCAGAAGUAAUGAAUCAUCGUGGAUGUCAUUUGCUCCCUUUUAUAUUCGACAAAAGAUGCAUAUUCAGUUACAAUUUCAGCCUCUCUCUACAGAUGGCAUCUUGUUUUAUACAGCACAGCACCUCAACAGUCGGUCAGGUGAUUUUUUAUGUCUAUCACUAACUAAUGGCUCUGUUCAGCUACGCUACAACCUUGGGGACAGAACAGUUAUUUUACAAUCCUUGCAAAAAAUCCACACCGGCAGGAGAUUUUGGCAUGUGAUUAAAGCAGGAAGAGUUGGCAAUGAAGGUUACCUGGAGCUGGAUGGCAUCAAUGUCACUAAAAGAGCCACAGCUGGCAUGAGAGCCCUGGACACAAGCACAGACUUUUACAUUGGAGGAGUGCCAUCCUUAAGCCUCGUGAACCCUAUGGCCAUAGAGAAUGAACCUGUUGGACUUAAUGGUUGUGUUCGAGAAAUUCUCAUAAAUGGUAGGGAAUUAAAACUAACUGAAACAGGAGCUAAAAGUGGUUCCAAUGUAGGUGACUGUGAUGGAACUCCCUGUGGGUAUGGGGUAUGUAAGAAUAAAGGACAAUGUAGAGCACAGGGUUCAAACUUCUCUUGUAAGUGCUUACAACACUGGAUGGGGAAAAGGUGUGAAGAGUCAGUAAACUGUAAGAAUAAUUUGUGUCUACACCAUUCUCGUUGUAUACCUACUCAGCCUGCUUCUUACAUUUGUUUGUGUCCACUGGGUUGGGUGGGUAGAUACUGUGAGAAUGAAACCUCAUUUAUUAUAGCAAAAUUUGUCGGUAACUCUUAUAUUAAGUACACUGAUCCAAAUUAUGAAAAGAGGGACCUUCAGUUCACCACUGUAUCUUUAAAUUUUAGCACAACUAUGACUGAAGGCUUAAUUUUAUGGAUGGGAAAAGCUGAACAUGAAGAAAACGACUUUCUGGCCAUUGGUAUCCAUAACCAAACCCUAAAAGUGAUGGUUAACUUGGGAGAAAAAAUAGCUGUGCCCUUACUGAAUAGUAGUGCUUUCUUAUAUUACAAACAAUGGCAUCAUGUAAAGGUAGUGCAAAACCAGACUUAUAUCAAAGUCUACCUUGAUGGUGUUCCAAUUCUUUUUGAAGAUAUUGAUCCAACAAAAAACUACAUUGCUUUAAAUUAUGGUGGUGUUAGCUAUUUAGGUGGUUUUGAAUUUGGUCGGGGAGUAAACAUGGUUACUGGAGGACUUUUUAACAGAGAUUUUAUUGGCAAAAUUAAAGACGUGGUAUUUUUUCAAGAUCCAAAAAAAAUUGAACUAAUUAAAUCAGAAGGAUAUAAUAUUUAUAAUGGAGAUGAAUAA